GUGCGUCACAGAAUGGCCUCGGACACCCAGGCAGUCCCUGACGUGUCGGGGAGGAGCCGGGCGCGGAGGUACGCGGAGUGGAGCUCAAGGCUGCGGAGGGGAGCGGAAAACGGCUGGGCGGGCCUGGCCUGGCCAGUAGAGCGGAGACGUUGGUCGAGCGGCGGCGAACAUGCGCUUUUGACACAUUGGAGGCUUUCUUGAUCAUGGAUGGUGAAGAUAUACCAGAUUUUUCAAGUUUGAAGGAGGAAACUGCUUAUUGGAAGGAACUUUCCUUGAAGUAUAAACAAAGCUUCCAGGAAGCUCGGGAUGAGCUAGUUGAAUUCCAGGAAGGAAGCAGAGAGUUAGAGGCAGAGUUGGAGGCACAAUUAGUACAGGCUGAACAAAGAAAUAGAGACUUGCAAGCUGAUAACCAAAGACUGAAGUACGAAGUAGAAGCAUUGAAGGAGAAGCUAGAACAUCAAUAUGCACAGAGCUACAAGCAGGUCUCAGUAUUAGAAGAUGAUUUAAGUCAGACUCGGGCCAUUAAGGAGCAAUUACAUAAGUAUGUAAGAGAGCUGGAACAGGCUAAUGAUGACCUGGAGCGAGCAAAAAGGGCAACAAUAGUUUCACUGGAAGACUUUGAACAAAGGCUAAAUCAAGCCAUUGAACGAAAUGCAUUUUUAGAAAGUGAACUUGAUGAAAAGGAAUCUUUGUUGGUCUCUGUACAGAGGUUGAAGGAUGAAGCAAGAGAUUUAAGGCAAGAACUAGCUGUUCGGGAAAGACAACAGGAAGUAACUAGAAAGUCAGCUCCCAGUUCUCCAACGCUGGACUGUGAAAAGAUGGAUUCUGCCGUCCAAGCAUCACUUUCUUUGCCAGCUACCCCUGUUGGCAAAGGAACGGAGAACAGUUUUCCUUCACCGAAAGCUAUACCAAACGGUUUUGGUACCAGUCCACUGACUCCUUCAGCUAGGAUAUCAGCACUGAACAUCGUGGGGGAUCUCUUACGGAAAGUAGGGGCUUUAGAAUCCAAAUUAGCAGCUUGCAGGAAUUUUGCAAAGGACCAAGCAUCACGAAAAUCCUAUAUUUCAGGGAAUGUUAACUGUGGGGUGAUGAAUAGCAAUGGCACGAAGUUCUCUCGAUCAGGGCACACGUCUUUCUUCGACAAAGGGCAAGAAAAAGUCAUAUUUCCCACGUUGUUCAUGGGGCAGUAAACGGCUUUGACCCGGCUCCUCCUCCUCCUGGUCUGGGCUCCUCGCGCCCGUCGUCAGCACCGGGUAUGCUGCCGCUCAGUGUGUGAGUGCCCGGCCUCCAGGUGGGGGCUCCUGCCCCCCUCCAAGCACCAGGACACCCACGCCUCACCCCUCGGUGCCUGGGCCCAGCUCGUGCCCCUCCGCCUGCCUCCCCACGGCUGGCAGAGGGCAGGCUGCAUGCAGUGGCGGCUGCUGGGCUCGGUCUGGCCCCAGGACUCUGCGCGAUAUCAAUACUGGCUAUUUUUUCUCUUCUCGCAGUAGUGCCGUUGGUUUCACAUGAUUGCACUUUUGUGGGUCACAAGGUGAUACAUGCGUGUAUUACUCGGUCACUGGAUGCAGAAGUACCCAUUCAUCAUAGCAUCUCCUAGCCCCGCCCUGCUGUACUGAUAGGAUUUAGUUGUGUUUAGGACAUUGCAGAUCUUCUAGAAGUUCUUCCCCAAAUCAGGUCAGCUUGUGGUCUCCUCCUGAGCUCCCAGCCAAGCGCCUCCAGUGCUGAUGAUCAUGUGUCCCCCUUCCCCCCGGGUUGGGCCUGUGGCUGGUGGAGAGUCAGGAAGGCCACUGAACUAGGGAGCAUUUUCUGCACCUUCUGGUUUUACUUUCUCAGUUACCAUUCCGUAGACUUGCCUCCCCGAGCAGCCAAAGGCCCAGCUGAGAUGGCAGGAGCUUUAGGGCCUGGGUGCUCUCAGGGCUAGGCCCUGCCGUCUCCUCCUCCACUGCCUCAAACUUGGGGGCGGGGGUGGCGGCUGCCCCCUCGGCAGCUCUCUGGUCCUUCAGUGAAAUGACAUCUUCAGAGUGCUUUUGUUUGGUCUCCAGAGGGCCUGUCCUGUUGUGUCAGGAAGGGUUGCCUGGCCUGAUUCCGGGGGCCGGCUGGCGCCAGCUCCAGGGGGCAAACUGACCAUGAGUGGUCCUCCCUGUGCAUCCUUUGAUUACUCUCAUGCUGCAUUUACUGUUUACAUUUGUUUUAUUGUACAUAGGUUUGUAAACAUUAUUGCCUAAGAUAUUUGUAUAUAACUUGGGCUUUGUAGCUUUUAUUUAUUCAGAACUCAUAUGGCAUGUUAAAGACUUAUGAUGGUGUCCUACUCCGGGCAGCUGUAUAGAGUCAUCAUGUGGUUAAAAAAAAUACUUCCCUUCGAAAAAAUCUUUUAAUGUGGAAACAAUAAAUUUCACAGAAAAAAAUAAAAGGAUUGAGGUUGCUUUAUUGGGUUUCUGCCAUCCUGCGAGAGAAGAGCCGGAGUGGCAAAGCCAGUUUGAAGUUCACGCCCAUUCUGACACGGGACACAGGAUGGACAGCAGCCAUGGAACCGGGCAUAGAAAAUUCUGGCGGCCUCGGGAUGUGUCUAAUGUGCUGAGCGGAUGUCUUCAUGCUGAUUUUUAUCCUUUUUUUUUAAAUUGAAGUAUGGUCCAAUUUUACACAAAUUACAGGUAUACAGUAUUGUGGUUCACAGUUUUUAAAGGUUAUAUUUCAUUAAUAGUUACUGUAGAAUACAGGCUAUAUUCCCUGUGUUGUACAAUAUAUCCUUGUGGCUAAUUUAUUCCUCAGGAUGACUCUGGGUUCUGGUUUCUGCUCUUAGCUGUGAUUUCCAGGAGCAGCCUGAGAAUGGCCCCAGCCCUGUGCGGACCUCUGGGAGGAAGGGCCUGGACUUUGAAGGAGAUGACUUGCUAAGUCCUGGAGUAACUGCAGUGGGUCCAGGAGACUGGUCCUCUUGUUGGGCUGCCUUUCACACAGUUGGUAUUCUGGGAUCAGAGGUUACUUGGGUCUGGGCUUCUCUCCUCAUCCCUUGAUGGAAUUUGAGGAACAAGUAAACUCUGGGGGUCUGUAUGACUGUGUCAGAUUCUGAGCUCUGUUUAUAGCAAAGAGCAUAAACAGAAUAGUUUUUGUCAUUUUUAAACUAUAUGUAAAUGAAAACUAAGUGAUUCAAGUUUCUAAGUGAAUAAACAUUGAGGUGUAGGAUACAUUAAAAUUUUUUUCUUCUGUCUGUCAGUUCGCCGGCAGGAACUGAGUUGUUCCUGAGUUGUUCCUGGAGAUUUCGUCAUAAGCUGACCCACGAGAGAUGCUUGCUCUUAUGUGUGUGUGUGCUCUGCCCAGCCCUGCUGGCUGAGAGUUGAGAACUUCAAGCCUCUCACCAAUGAGCAGUCUCCCAGCUUCUCUCCCGGCCAUCAUGGAAGAGUUGGAUGAGGUCAGAGGUGUCAGAACUCUGUCUCUAUGCAGGAGCCCCACAUCUAAAGCACACACACAGAGCUGCUCUAGUUAAAGCGAAGAUGAGUUCUGGAGCUUGAAUCCUUGUCCCUGGCUCCCCAGCAAUGUCUCAGUUCCUCCCCAGCUGUGGACUCCUGGGAUCAUCUCACCAGAUGGCUGUCAGCUGUUACUCAGGCAGCGGCUGGGAGUGGGGCCUGUGUGUUGUUCUCUGAUGUCACCACUUUUGCUUUGGGUCCAGGAGAGUACAGGCCAGGUCUGUGAAGGCAUGGUGGAGUAGGCUGCCUGGCUCACUUUGUGGGGGUGGAGUGGGAACUCCCUUGAAGUUCUGGUUUUGUUACAACUGCAGCACCUUUGGCAUAUGACCCCCUGAAGAAGCUGCUUGAUUCCCUGGGCUUCUUUCAGCUUUCCAGGUCUUCCUCCACUUAUAGUAGGACAGUGUUCUGAUAAAUCCAUUCAUUGUAAAUUGAAAAUGCAUAUACUACAUCUAACCCCUUGACCAUCACAGCUUAGCCCUCUCUACCUUAAACAUGUUUAGAACAUUUAAAUUAGCCUACAAUUGGGCAAAAUCAUCUAAUACAAAGCCUGUUUGAUCAUAAAGUGUUGGCUGUCAUAUAUAAUUGAAUACUGUACUGAAAGUGAAAAAUGCAACGGUCAUCUGGGUGCACAAUGGCUGUCAUCAUAUCUAUCAUGUGACUGACUGGGAACUGCCCGGCCAGUGUUGUGCGAGAGGAUCGCACUGUGUAUUGCUAGCCUGGGAGAAGAUGAAAAUCUAAAAUUUAAAGUGUGGUUUCUAUUGAGUGUUUUGCUUUUGCAUCAUGGUAGAGUAAAAAAAAUCUUUAAGUCA